AUGGUUAGUGAUGAAGGUGACGGUCGAGCGUCAGCUGUGCCGACUGGCUGGCGAGAAGAAAUGAGCGACGUCACCAUUGAUGAGGUAUAUGAUGCAUGCGAACGCCUCGACAGAUCAAAUCAGAAAAAUACGAUGGAUUACAAAAUUUUCAUUGCUGGCACCAGAAGCGAUGAGGCGAAAGUGAAAAAGCUUUGUGCACAGAUGAUCGUUCGCUAUUGGCAGCACUUCACCGAUCUGCGGAACAUGGCUUUUUAUUCGCUCGUGUCGCUGCUUGAGGAUCGAGAUCCGGAGGUAAGCAGGCACUGGCUGGGCGAGUUCAGCAUUCUGUUUGAGGCACCGGCUGAGGCAAAAUAA